AUCGAUUGAUUGAAAUUCCUCUCCAUCUUUAUCUCUCUCUCUCUAGAUCUCUCUCUCUCUCUCUCUCUAAAUUCACCGAUGAUGUCAUCUAUCCGGCCAGAUCUCACCACCAGAAUCCACCCCGAGCCACCGCACACCGUCGAUCACUUCGACCUACUUCCAGACUCUCUCCUCUUAUCAAUUUUCAACAUUAUCGGCGACGUCAAAACCCUAGGCCGCUGCUGCGUCGUUUCCAAGCGAUUCCAAACCCUAAUUCCUCAGGUCGAAAACGUCGUCGUUCGCGUCGACUGCGUCAUCUCCGACGACGACGCCACGUCAGCCUCCGGCACCGAUAAAUCCCGUACACCGUUUUCUAGUUUUUUCAGACUCGUAGUUGGUGGAAUUGUUAAACCGAUUCAAGCUAUUGGACAGUUUUUAGGUCACAAAAGGUUGUUAACCGUCGGUACUAACGGCAACAGUGACGGUGAUGGUGACGGUGAACAGUUAGGUGGAGUUACACAUCAUUCUCCUACACAGGUACUUAAAAACUUUAGUGAUAUUAGGUUUUUGAAAAUUGAGCUUCCGAGUGGUGAAUUAGGUAUAGAAGAUGAUGUGUUGUUGAAAUGGAGGGCGGAUUUUGGGUCCACACUUGAUAAUUGUGUUAUGUUAGGUGCCUGUUCUGUGAUUGAUAAACAAAAUAUGCAAAAUUUGGCAUCUAGUGAGAAUAGUUAUGAUGGGAUUGGGGGUGAGGAUAAUGGGAGUAUACCGGAGUCGUUUUAUACCAAUGGUGGGUUGAAGUUACGGGUGGUGUGGACGAUAAGCUCGUUGAUUGCAGCGUCGGCUAGGCAUUACUUGCUUCAACCAAUUAUUUCAGAGCAUAAGACGUUGGAUUCUUUGGUUUUAACGGAUGCGGAUGGGCAAGGGAUGUUGUGUAUGAAUAAGGAACAGUUGGAGGAGUUGAGGGUGAAGCCAUUGUCGGCUUCUUCGGCUUCGAAGAGGACUUUGGUGCCGGCUUUGAAUAUGAAGCUUUGGUAUGCUCCGUAUUUGGAGCUGCCUGAUGGAAGGGUGCUUAAAGGGGCUACGUUGGUGGCGAUUAGGCCGAGUGAGCAGUCGGGUCAAAAAGAGGGUUCGGAUGGGUCGUGGGUUUCUUCUGCGUUUGAGGAGCCUUAUGGAACUGCUGUUAGGAUGUUGGUUAAAAGGAGGACUUAUUGUCUUGAGAUGAAUUCCUUUUGAGCGACUUUUAGCCGGUGCCAAGGCCAAGGCGUAUUUAGCUUUGAUUUGGAGUUGGAAGAUUGUUGAAGGCAAUGAAAACACACAAUUUUGUUCUGUAUGAGCUUUGAUGGUGCAAAUGUUCGUUUUCCUCGCAUACUUUGUUGAAGUGAGAGAAGAAGACUUGCUGUUGGUGCUUCAACUGAUGUUAGGUAUCUGCCUCUGGUAUGUUUCUGUUUAUGUAUGUUGUAAAAAGUUGGUGGUGAAUGGUAUUGUAAGAGCUUAUUAUGUUGUUCUUUGUUUACUGCCACAUAUAUAUAAAAUACACUCUUCUUAGCUGUGAA